AUGGAUCUGGAUAAAGACAAGUCUGUCGACAGUGUCCAUGUCGAGGCUACUCCGGGCCCGAUGGACCCCGCCGAUAUCAAGAAGCCUGAGUACCCCGAUCAGACCUUCUCACAUGAUAUGAGCCUGAAGGAGGCACUCAGCAAUUACCGAAAGGCCAUGCUAUACUGUUUGUUCUUCUGUUUCUCCGCUAUCCUCUGGGGAUACGACAUGCAAGUCAGUGGAGGCCUUCUUGCCGCUCCAGAGUUCCGCGCCGUGUUUGGAUACACUCAACCUGACGGCACGACGAUCCUUCCAGCUAGAUGGCAAGCAGCCUUCAACAUGGUUGCGACAAUUGGUGGAAUGAUAGGAAGUCUGCUCUGUGGUCCUAUCUCGCCCUACGCAGGCCGAAAGAUGAGUUUGACUAUCGCCUGCGUCAUCUCCAGCGGCUCCAUCUUCUUGCAGUUCUUUGCUUUUACUCCGGGAGUGCUCCUCGCCGGAAAGUUGAUUAACGGUAUCUCGCUCGGCAUGUUCCUCGUCACGGCUUGUGCCUACUGCUCUGAAGCUUGCCCUGUCGUGCUGCGGGGAAUCUCCAUUGCCAUGGUUAAUCUGUUUGUUGUCAUCGGCCAACUCCUCGGAAACUGCCUCAUCAAGGCAUUCGGCGCACGGACAGAUAAUUUUGCGUACAGAAUCCCCUUUGCUUUCCAGUGGUUUUUCCCGGCGGUUCUUCUCUGUGGAGUGUGGUUCUGCCCCGAAUCCCCCUAUUGGUACGUUCAAAGAGGCAGGCAUGCUGAGGCCAAACGGUCUCUCGAACGAUUCCAGACUAGCGGAAGCGUUGAUCACUGGCUCGUUGAGAUCCAAGAAACAGUCCGCAUGGAAGAAGAAUCGGCGAAGUCCGUUGGCUAUUUGGAUUGUUUCCGAGGAACUGACCUCCGUCGAACAAUGAUUGUCAUCGCCGUUUGGACUAUCAACUCUUUCAGUGGUGUCAACUUUGUGCUUAGCUACUCCACUUACUUCUUCCAAAUCGCCGGCCUCCCUACAUCACGAUCGUUCGACAUGGGCGUUGGCGUAACUGCAGUUGGUGUUGUCGGAAACAUCUGUUCCUGGUUCGUGAUCAACACCAUCGGCCGCAGAGUCCUCUUCCCCGGUAUGGUGAUUCUCACCGUGAUUGUAUUCAUCAUCGGCAUCCUUGACAUUGUACCGAACUAUAACUCCUCGACUGCAUGGGGACAGUGCGUUUUGAUCAUUAUCUGGAACUUCUUCUAUGAUCUCACCCUCGGACCUCUUGGAUAUGUUAUCUGCGGAGAGAUGUCUUCAACUCGCUUGCGUUCGUACGGCGUGAGCAUUGGCUUCUUCACGCAGAACUUUUGGACCUUAAUUAUGACCAUCACCGUGCCUUACAUGAUCAACCCUGAUGAAGGUGACCUUCGCGGCAAGACUGGCUUUAUCUUUUUUGCCUUUUCGGUUAUUGCUUCUAUCUGGACUUACUUCUGUUUGCCAGAGACCAAAGGUAGAACCUUUGAGGAGUUGGAUCAUAUGUUUGAGCAGAAAGUUUCGGCAAGGCAAUUCGCCAAUGCGACUCAUGCCGCCAACGCAAGACAAGAUGUGACGCUCGAGAUCCCUGCGGGCCCUGCUAUGGGCUCCAAUUCAAAUGUCAGAGAUGGCAUCCAGGCCAAUACAACAUCUCCAGUUUCAACAAUUACCUCGAGAUCUCAGGAUGCAUGCCAUCAUCCAGGCGGGUGCACUAUUAGGGACCCGACUGAAAGUGCUGUGCUCUCGUCUGGACAUCUUUCCUCAGCGGAGUCUCUUCUAAAGUGGUCAGUCUUUCUUGAUCAUCCUUCGAUAUUAAGGGAGACAGAGACUCCAUUUUUGUCCCUUGAAUACGGACGACCAUCCUUUCAAAGCAAAGUCUAUGCAAUAUUCCCCAGCUUGGGUUUGUCAGAAAUCAAGAGGAUGGUGGGUAUCUUCCAACAGACGUAUAAUUUCUGGUUCCCUACAAUGAGCUUCAACGAUUUGAAGUCCUUGGAAAUGAGGAUAUACCAAGAGAAUCUGGAACCUAAUUGCCAAUCAUGUCUGGCUUUGUUGGUCAUGGCUUUGGGCUGCGUUGGGGCUUCCGUUAUAGAUGAAGGAGACUGCUCUGAACACGAGUCUCAGCAAUUAAAGCUGCAAGGUGCAUCAUGGUUUACUGCUGCAAUGAAGAUGCUACAUUUGGCACACAUCGAAAUGAGUGUGGAAGCUUGCCAAUGUCUCUUACUGACUGGCUUUUACUUCUCCUUUUUACAAAGACCACUGCAAACAUGGUCUUAUGUAAACAGCGCAGCAACUCGUUGCCGGUUCCUUCUCUCUUGCCCUUUUGACAACCCAGAGCGUGAUGACCGAGAGCACAUCACCCGAAUAUUCUGGUCCUGCUUUGUACUAGAAAGCAACUAUAUUUCCGAGUUACCAACUCUUCCGCAAAACUGCAAUGCCGAAAUCGAAUCAAUAAUUUCUCUUCCAGGCAAAUUCCACUCACACGAAACAAUCGAAGAGGAAGAAAAAUCGACAUUCUACUUCCUCGCAUCAAUAUCACUACGCCGCCUCCUCAACCGAGUCCAUUACAUGCUGUAUGACCGCAACAUCGGCCUCCAGAUCGACUCCAAUAGUUUCUCUUCGGUAAACCAAGAACUGGCACGCCAACUACAAGACUGGUAUCAAACCCUGCCUUCAAAUCUGCAGUUUCCAGAAGACGGAAAGCCUGCGGAUGACCCGCACAGCGAGUACCUACGGCAGUGGUAUCUCAGUUGUCGAAGUGUCAUCUACCGACCAUUUCUAGAAUGGGCGCUGGCUAAUCCAUUAUGGAAUCUCAACAACAAUCCACGUGUGCUCGAUGGGUGUCGAGUUGCGCUCGAUACUUGUCUAUUUAAACUGAGGAAUUUGAAACAAUUGCCAUAUACUGUCAUGGUCGAUACAUGGACGUGUUCCCUUUCACUUGCGACGGCGAUGUUGACCCUCAUGGGUGGCUUCUGCCAUCCACAGCUGACAAUUCAGCUUCGUCAUAUUGCCUUGUUGGAGCUAGGGCCUCGCCUAGAGCAACUUCUACAACGAUGGAUGGCUAUCCAUGGGUCCAGUGUUUCCCCUGGUGUUGAGAAGGCAUUGCGAUUAAUCACAAAAGCUCACGAGUUCUUGCAAAGCAAAAGCGCCGACUUUAGUCCUUCCCGGGAAGAAGAACAACAUCUCUCUCCUUCUGCGUUGCGGAUGCCUCACGGGAAUAUAGUUCGCAUUGAAGAGGGACGUUCAAAGAUGCCCAUGCAACAUAAACGCCGCAACCUAGGAAAUUGA